AUGGCUUCGAUGUAUCAGAGGUUCACGGGCAAGGUCAACACCAACAGAUCUUUCCCCAACCCACCUGAGUCGAGCCACCUACUCGGCGGGCAAAUCAUUGAAGACGAGAACGUGGUGAAGACUCCGCGACCCGGUCAAGACUUACGGCCCCGUUUCCAAUACCAACAACAGAGGCGCGCAUGCGAGGACGAGGAGGAUGAGCUGGUGGGGAGUAACCCUCCUCAGAGGAACUGGAAGGGUAUUGCGAUCGCCCUGCUUGUCAUUCUGGUCAUCUGCUCCCUGAUCGUCACCUCGGUCAUCCUGCUGACACCAGGCGAGGAUGACAGCUUGGCCCUCAAGGGGAAACUGACCGUGGGGGACAUCUUCAGGAAGGACUUCAAGGUUCACGACCCUGAGGCCAAGUGGAUCAACAGUAAUGAGCUACUGUAUCGCACACGUGAGGGGGAUGUUGUCAGGCUCAACAUGGAGACAUAUGAGAGGACAGUACUGGUGCACAACAAAAAGUUUGAAAUGUACAAAGCCAGCAAGUAUGAAGUGUCUCCUGACAUGAAGCAUGUGCUGCUCGCCUACAACGUGGCACCGGUAUACCAGCACUCGUUCACUGCCUUCUACAUCAUCUGCAGCCUGGAGACUCCGGAGACAUGGAACCUGAACCCUCCAGAGGUACGGAACGCCCAACUGCAGUAUGCAGGCUGGGGACCCAGGGGCCAGCAGCUGAUUUUUAUUUUUGAGAACAACAUCUACUACCGUUCGACAGUGGAGAGCCGAUCGAUCCGUCUGGUUUCCACCGGCAAGGAGGGGGUCAUCUUCAAUGGGCUCAGCGAUUGGCUGUACGAAGAGGAGAUCUUCCAGACCCAUAUUGCCCACUGGUGGUCUCCGGAUGGUGCCCGGCUGGCAUAUGCCACCAUCAACGACACUAUGGUGCCCAGGAUGGAGAUCCCUAUGUUCACAGGAACUACUUACCCUACCGGGAGGGAGUAUCACUAUCCUAAGGCUGGGGAGGAAAAUCCAGUCAUCUCUUUGUAUGUGGUCAACCUGAACGGGCCCCUGCACAUCAUCGAGAUGAGGAGACCUGAAGACCCGAGGAUGGGAGAGUACUAUGUCACCAUGGUGAAAUGGGCGACUACCACCAAACUGGCAGUGAACUGGUUAAACAGAGCCCAGAACAUAUCCAUGCUGACGUUGUGUCAGGCCACCACCGGCGUCUGCACCAAGAAACAUGAGGACGAAAGUGAAAGUUGGCUACACAGACAGAAUGAGGAGCCGCUGUUCUCCAAAGACGGUCUGAAGUUGUUCUUCACCAGAGCCAUCCCACAGGGAGGCAGGGGCAAGUUCUUCCACAUCUCCAUGUCCAUCACACAGCCCAACACCAGCACAGACACGCUGCAGUCCAUCACGUCUGGAGACUGGGACGUCACCCAGGUUCUGGCCUACAACGAGGACAUCCAGCUAAUAUAUUUCUUGAGCACAGAGGAUGAUCCGAAACGCAGGCAUCUCUACAGUGCGGACACAGUGGGCCCUUUCAACAGACGCUGUCUCUCCUGUGACUUCUACGAAGGUUGUGGCUACGUCAGAGGCUCCUUCAGCCACAGCAUGAGCCUCUUCUUGCUUAGCUGCAAAGGCCCUGAUGUCCCGUUUGUAGCAGUAUACAGCACACAGGACAGACAGAAGGUGUUUGACCUGGAGACCAAUGAGAAUCUGAGGAUGAGGCUGGACUCCAUGCAGAUGCCCUGCGUGGAAUACAAGGAGAUCAACAUCGAGGAUUACACACUAACGAUGCAGAUCCUCAAACCUGCCAGCUUUGUGGACUCAUCGCACUAUCCUCUGCUCCUCCUUGUCGAUGGCACCCCCGGUGGCCAGAUGGUGUCAGAGCAAUUCCACAUAGACUGGGCCACGGUGCUGGUGAGCAGCUUCGGGGCAAUGGUGGUUCGCUUUGACGGGCGGGGCAGUGGCUUCCAGGGGACCAACCUGCUGCACCGCGUCCAGAGGAAGCUGGGCGUGUUCGAGGAGAAGGACCAGCUGGAGGCCCUCAGUAUUAUAUCUAAAGAGCCAUAUGUUGACAAGACCAGGAUUGGAGUUUAUGGCAAGGUGUAUGGAGGCUAUGUGACCAGCCUGUUACUCAGCGCCGAGGAUUCCCUGGUGAAAUGUGGUGCGGCUCUCUCACCCAUCACGGACUUUGACCUAUAUGCAUCAGCGUUUUCAGAGAGAUACCUGGGACAGCCCAAGCCUGACCCAAGAGCAUAUGCGAUGGCCAAUCUAGCACACAGGGCAUCUCAGUUCCUGGACAAGAAGUUUCUGAUUGUUCAUCCAACAGCAGAUGAAAAAGUGCAUUUCCAGCACACAGCGAAAUUCAUCGCCCAGCUGAUCAAUGAAAACGCCAACUACACUCUGCAGAUCUACCCAGACGAGGGCCACUUCAUCCACAGCGAGGCCACGCGGCAGCACCUCAGCCAGUCACUGGUCAACUUCUUCGAGGAGUGUUUCCGGCUACCGGACAACGUGUUCGAGGAGAUACUGGAGGAGGAGAUCGAGGAAGAGGGUUAG